UGUUCCAAUCACAAUUUUCAUGUUUUUAUGUUUUUGCUAAGGAACGAACGUAUCAUCCGUAGGGUCAAAAUAAUUAAAAUUAAAAACUCUUUUUCUUUAUCUACGUAGUUUUCUUCACAGUACUUAAAACUAUUAUCGUUUAGAUUAGCAUAAUGUUAUUAAUUAGCGAGGAUAAAAUCUAUGAAUCUUAGACUUGUAAAUCGUGGGUUUCGGUUUGCGGUGCGAAGUUUGAAAACCAUGUCGUUCCCGGAUACACCUGCGAAGGCAUCAAUAUGUUGCGAAAACGUAGAAGGAACACCACCAACGUAUGCGAUGUAUGAAGCAUUGAAGGAAUCUUGCCAAAACAAUGCCCAAUAUUUUCAGCCAGAUGAAAGUGAGAAUGGACAACGUCUUUAUCAGGGUUUCGUGACUCUUAUAGACCAUAUAGAAACUGUGUGGCCGCUCGUCGAUCGAGUUAGAAAGGUGGCUCCCACAUAUGAUUUUGAUGCAAAAUCCCCUGGAAAUGGAUACAGAAGUUUUGUAUCGGUGGUUGAUUCAUGCAUCUUACAUGGCCUCAAACUUAGUAGGCAAGUUUGUACAGGAAGGGAUGCUUUGCUGUUUCGAAAAGGAUAUUUUGUGAAGGAGGUGGAAUCAUGCAGUCAACUUCUUGCAUCACUGGGUACAUGUCUGCAGCAUCUCCACACGCUCAUAUCGUGGGCAGAACCCGGAGAUCUGUUCCCCACUGAGCCGCAUUCGCCUGAAGAACUGUUCUCGAAGGCUGAUACGAUCAAUCAAUACUGCUUUUAUGGAAGAUGCCUUGGUUUUCAGUUCGCACCAUCAAUACGUGGUAUCCUCAAAGGUAUAUCAAUAUGUAUGGCGGGUUUCUCAGAAGCAUAUUACAGUCAAGGGAACCUCAUCAGUUCGGUGUGGACUGGAGGCCAGUACUUAAUAGACCCUGAGUUGAGGGCUCGGAGGAUCGUCAAUAUAUCGCAGUCGGCUAGUGUCGAGUUUUGUAAAGCGUUCUGGUUUUUGACUGAAAGUGAAAUAAUGCGUCGAGUGCCAAGUUUAAUGUCCACUACAGUGGCUGUGAAUAAAUUGAUAACUAUAACACCCGUACCAAUAGUUGUUACGACGCUUGAGGGAAAAGAGAAGACGAUCCUACCUCCUAACUCACAUAUAGGCUUGCAUGACCUUAAUGUACGGCUUAUAAGUGUUAAUAAGAGGAAUGGGAUGACAGGUGAAACCUCUACCCUACCGCCGUCAGAUGGCGUAAUGUUCCACUGUCAUGGCGGCGGUUUUGUAGCGCAAAGCUCGAAAUCGCACGAAGGAUACCUCCGAGAUUGGGCUGCAAAGCUAAAUAUACCGAUAUUAUCCGUGGACUAUAGUUUGGCGCCACAAGCACCAUUCCCGAGGGCGUUGGAGGAAGUUUUCUUUGCGUAUUGCUGGAUGUUGAACAAUUUGAAAGAGAUUGGGACUACGGGUAAAAGAAUAAUAUUCGCGGGCGAUUCAGCGGGUGCAAACCUGUUAGCUGGUUGUACACUGAAGAUUCUAGAAAGCGGUAUUCGCUUACAAGAUGGUCUGUUUAUGGCAUAUGCUCCACUUUUAGUGAGCUUCAUACCGAGCCCAUCAAGGCUACUAUGUCUAAUGGACCCUUUGCUGCCGUUUGGUUUUAUGAUGAGGUGCUUGAAAGCAUACGCAAGUCCAAAUUCAAAAGGCAAGGAAGACAAGCGGGGAAACAAAGAAUUGACGUCAUCAAACGUCACGACACCCGACGGCAACGGAUUUCUGAAAGUCAGCGCUUCACAAGAGGGUAUAAGCGAAGGGCCAUCCUCGUUCGAAGAGGUAUCGCCGUCGGACCUGGCGGAGCUGCAAGCGCACAAGUCGGGCAGCGAGCGGCGCCAGUCCUCGGACACCACCAUCAGUGCUGCCUCGCUGCAGAGCGAGCACACCGCCACCGGUGUCAGCCCAACGGAGGACAAGUCACAACAGUACGUAUCAGACUUUCUUGACCGGUACGUGUUCGACAGCGACACAGAUAGCGAGGGGCGGCGCUUCCCAAUCGUGAAGCCGAACGAUCGCAAUUCGUUAAGAGAUGGUGAAUCUGAGGCGUCUACUUUAGUCGCAGAACCACCCUUAAUAGUUGACGCCGAUGGAAAAGAUAAGAAGAGAAUAAAGUCACGGAUAAGCGAAGCAGCGACCGGUAUAAUGGGUGCGAUGUCGUCAGGGUUUGCUUAUAUGACUGAUUCUAAUUCCAUCAUUGGGCCUACACAGGAAGAAAUGGCGGAACGUACAAAUCUAGAUUCACUUAUAGCUCGCAGUCCAUCUGAUGAGUUCAUGUUCUCAGUACCAAGGGAUCCCUUGCUAUCUCCGUACUGGGCCGAUGACAAAUUGCUCAAACAGUUCCCGCGUUUGAGGAUAUUGACCGUACACAUGGAUCCGUGCCUGGAUGAUUGUGUGAUGUUUGCCAAAAAGCUGAAGCGUUUAGGAAAUGAAGUAGACAUUGAUGUAUUGGAGGGACUUCCACAUGGAUUCCUUAAUUUAUCAUUGAUGGCCAAAGAAGCGAACGACGCAUCACUGAAGUGCAUAGAAAGAAUUAAACAGUUACUCGACUUGGAAAACGCAUCGGGCCCCGAAAACAACGAUUUAUGAAUUCACGAGUUACGUGCUAUAAAUAAAUUGCUAGGUUUUUGCCAAUCUCAUUUAUAAAGAAAAUAAUAUGAGAUAAAUAUGGGAGCAAGUAUAUAGUCCCGCAAAGAAUAAAAAAGUAGUAAUAUUUUUCAAUUUUAGUUUCAAUCGUCAAGCGACACUGCUAAUGGCGCGAAAUGUCAUUGUCAAAAUUUGUUAUGUCAAUCUUUGAUGUCAAUAUUAAUCACAGAAGAAUAUUUUUAUUUUAUGUAGAUAAUAAAUCAAUUUAUUUACAUAAAUAAUUAUCAAAAUAUGGCCUCUUGACCAUAGGUACAUAAUUUUAUUCUACAAUUAUUAGGGGUUCUUAAUAAAAUCAUUUUGAAAGUGAGUAAAUAAUAUUUAUAGAAAAGGACCAGGGUGUAAGUAUUUGAAGGAGAACCGUAUUUCUUAUAUGAAUAGGUCCAAUAGGGACUUAGUUGUGACGUCACUUUGUUGCUGUGCAAUUAGCAUUUAUUAUUGUAAUUUUAUUUCACAUUGUAGUUGGUAGUUUCGCAUUUUGAAAGAUAAAGGCUCUUUUGUUAUAUUUAUUUUUACAUCACAAUAAUUAUUUUAGUGUAGAUUGCAUUCAUCACACAUUUUGACCAUUCCAUAUUAUGAUAAGUACCUAUACAUAAUUGAAAUUAGCUUGAAAUUCAAUACUCCGUCCUUUUAUUGCGUCUUGAUUAUGAAAAUAGUGAAUUUAUUUAACUAUGCUAAAAUAUGAACACCAAAAAUAUAUUAAUUUUCGAUGAUUAUUUUUCUUUACAUAUUUUUUAUAUUUGUGAUAUUUUAUGCCAAACUGUAAUUUUAUUAAAGAAAAUGUACAAUCUGAUAAAUUAUGAAAUAUUUACUGUUUAUUACCAAACCCCAUAUUGAGCUAUGUUUAUUAUUCUUUUGAAUACAAUGUUAAUUUUUUAAGCUAUUGCAUAGCUUCUAUCGCGGGCCUUGAGCGCGGGGACCGAAUCGAAAAAUUCCGUAACGAAAAAACCUCACGCUCACCACACCGACGGGCGGAGGUGUGGCUUGAAGGUAAUAGCAUGCAGUAGCUUUUUUAUUUGGUGGUUUGAUCUUAUAAAAUGACUCGAAUAUAUAAAUAAAUAAUGAAUAUAAUAUAAUAUUAUUGCUGUAUCGUUCUCACUUACCAUAAAUCUCUCUCUGUGAAAGUGAAAUAGCGCAGGAAGAUAGUUUCUUAAUUCUUUAUUGCUCGGGAUUUCAUAAGAAAUGUAACUAAGCUGCUCUUCAUUAGGAGACAUUUAUUUCAAAUUAAUAACACUACAUGUAGUUGAUUUAGUUAUUAGCAUAGUUAGAAUGUUCCUGUAUCUUUCAAAAUGCAUCACAUUUAGUGUAGAAUUAAAAUGCCAAAAUACAGUAUUUGGCGUAUCACAGUACAUAUUAUGCUUUAAAAGUAAAACUUGUGUUCAUAGUGAACAUUUCUUAUAUAGUUAUUUAGUGUUGUUCAUUGUUGUUUCCGUUAAAUUUUAUUCUUAUAUAUACUGUAGAGAAUUGUAAUUAUACUUUCAUGCUAGAAUUGAUGUGCUGUAAAGUGUAACCUUUAUAGAUUUAGGUGCAAUAGAUAUCUACUGACAUACGGCUUAAACAUUCCACUACUAUCACUAUCAUGGCAAAAAUGUAUCUAGCACAAUAUUUGAUCUUAUCUAUUUAUUGUAUAUUAUAGAAUGUUUCAAUUUGUUUCAUAUUUAUUAAACUUAACUUAGGAAUGAAAGUUAAUACCUAAUAUUUAAUAUUAUAAUAAAAAAGAUUAAAAAAUAGAUGUGUUAUACAAUAUAUUUAGAGAUGUCUGUGAUAGAAAAAAUGCUUUGUAAAAGCAGACAGUAUUCUAAAGAGAAAGUGCUUGUUUAGUGUACUUAUGUGUGAUGGACUGAGAAACUUAAUUAUGUAUUAAGUAAAUGUAAUGUUAUAUACUCUCAAAAAAGUUCUAACAGCUUAUAAAUUAGGGAAGUACUUGUUUGCUCACAUCACAUAUGCUCGUCAUUCACAAAUAAACUUAAAUCUAGCGAUCUGAAUUAAAAAAAAAUUGAUUUAUAUUAUGAAUUAAUAUUCUCGAAUAUUGUGUGAUUGAAUGGUGGAGGGGGCACAUAAUCACAUACCUGCAAUCCAAGAUGAGUUCUUAUUAAAAAUCUUUACUUUUAUUUUUAUAUUUAUUAAUCAACAAUUAAACCAAAGGCAAAAUACUAGUAUUUAAAAAAAUACAUUAAUUAUAAAUACCCAAGAAAUAAGAUAUGGCAUAGGUAAUUCAUAGGACCUAUACCAUCAAUUUUUUUCCUGAAAACCUACUGUUACUUUUAGUACAACUUACGCAGAGAAGUUAUUUGGAAUAUAUCUAAAAGAUUUCGCUGGUUUUUAAAUACUUGAAAAUGCACUGUAUUUAUAUCUCCUUUAAUACCCUGUGGUUUACUUGUUAGAACAAAAUGUAGGUAUAUCAUACCUUUAAGGACCGUUGAACAAACCAUUAUGUAUGUACAAUUAUUAUUUUAAUAUAUUAUUUUAUAUUGUGUGACCAUUUCUUUAUUAAACUACUAAGUAAUUUUAUUAAAUUAUAAUUAUCAUUCUUGUUGUUGGCCUUUAUUGUAUAGGUUUUAAUAAAAGGUCAGUACAGACUUGGAGCAUUUAUUAGGAUUAGCUACCUAUAUGAUAUAUCCUAUUGCCACACCCUAUAUUUGCUCAUUUAGAUCAUAAUAUAUGAAUUAUGUAAGUAUAUCCAAAUUUAUGAAUAUUAUUGUAUGGGUGAUUCUUCUCAUAAAUUAUUUUUUAGUAUAUUUACAUUCAAUGCUCCUUGUCUUGUACUAUAUUUGCAUCACAGAUUUAAGAAAUAAGUACAAUCUAAUUGUUGUUUUGGUUUUGUUCUAUGAUAAAACAAUUAUGGUUUAAAUGUUGUAAUUUGAUGUUGUUUUAUAUUUGCAGAAGACUAGAUAAUAUGUCUUUAAUUUUAAUAAAGAAAUUAAAUAAAUAAUUAAA